CGCGAGGGAUGCCGGGAAAAAGGAGGCGGUCUCUGUCAGCGGGGAAAGAGGGAAAAAGGCGGCGGCGAAGACGACUUGGGCCCGGCCUCUUCUGUCGCGCUCUCGGUAGAUCCGCCUCCGCUCCUCCCCACGCUACGGGCGGACUGUCGCCGUGGGAGAAGGAGUAAAGCCGGCUUGGGCUGCUCUCUGCCUCGAGCAGGCAGGUAGUUGGCUGCUAAGAGACUGAAAGGGGACCCCCCACGGCAGAUUUGCCCAGGUGCUGCAAUCUCAUACGUACUUUAGAGGCCUCGCCCCAUUGAACUCGGCUUAUUUUCAAGCAGACAUGCAGAGAAUUGGGCUUCACUACGGCAGUAUUUCCCUAUCAGAUUUCUGAUAGCCGAGAGAGAAUACUUGUUUUGUUCUCUUCUGAAACUGGAGCAGGAGCAUAUGCAGAGAAAACGAAACAAUCUCCGCUGAUGGGACCAGGAGUGCGCAGAAAUACUCUGCUGUAGCCAAUGCAGUCACCUGUGGGGUGCCCUCAUCAGAGGCUGAAGAGGCCAUGCAAGAACAGGGACUCACGCAGAGACAAAAACUUCAUUUUUUACUUGACAGAUGGACCCUAAGUAACACUGAAUGUUAUCUCUGGGAAUUUCAUAAGCUCUGCAGUGGCUGGGAUGUUGCGACAGAACGGUGGCGGCAACAAGCGUGGUUUAGGAUUAACCAAACUGUCUUCCUCCAAUUUCUUCACCAUCUCUAAUUCAGGAAACUGGGGGAUGGGGCGCAGCACCAAGAGCAGUUCUCUGAGCAGCAUUAGCUCCAACUCUGACUGCUAUGACAGCAUUGUUGUGGACCCAGAGUACAUCAUGCUGUUGGUGAAUGAUGUCAGAAAAUUUGCAGAUGUCCUACUUUAUUUGAGAGAAGCCAUUCUUUCAGAAGAAAAUCCAGAUUGUCUGCAUCAUGUUGUUCAUGAACGUUUGGGUGAGCUGCUGCGUGUCCUAAAGGCGAUAAUUAGCAAACACCAGAGUCUCAAUUCAGUUGACAUUCUGAGUGCUGCAGGAACAGUCAUUGCAAAAGUAAAAGCUGUGAACUUCAAGGAAGUGAAUGAGGACAACAAGCGAGAAGUCUUAAGUGAAAUAUUCUCUUCCAUUGACAUACUGGCAUUCACCUUUGGAAACAUAGUUUCAGACUUCCUUAUGGGAGAUGUAGACAAUGGCUCGGCAUUGGGUCUUCCUGUAUCUCGGCAGAGUCAGUCUUUUGAAAACCUUUCUGUAGAUUCUGGGGGAUCAUUGCAUGAAAGGGAUGACAUUCAAGGGACAGGGCACUUUAGAGCUGAAGAAAUUGAUAGUGUUCUCCUAAGAAGUGAUAAUGGAAUUGAAUCGGCUCUGUCCUAUGCUAAAGCAUGGUCAAAGUAUACGAAGGACAUAAUUGCAUGGCUAGAGAAAAAGCUUAACUUGGAAAUGGAGUGUGCUAAAAACCUGGCAAAAAUAUCAGAAACAGCUAAGGCUAUUGUUGGACCCCAGGAUUGCAUGCCCUUUCAUUCAAUAUUCACAAAUGCAUUCCAAAAUGACAUUGCGAACAGUCAGCUUUGGCAACAAACAUCAGUAGCUCUUCAGACCAAUAAAUUUGUUCAGCCACUCCUUGGAAGAAAAAAUGAACUGGAUAAACAAAGGAAAGAGAUCAAGGAGCUUUGGCAACGGGAACAAAAGAAAAUGCAAGAACUAGAAUCCACUGUGAGAAAAGCCAAGUUAGUAUAUAUUCAACGGCAAGAUGAAUAUGAAAAAGCAAAGUCAUCAACUGCUCGUGCUGAGGAGGAGCUUCUGAUCUCUACUGGGGUGAUUGUUAAAGACUCCAACAAACUAGAGAAAAAACGAAAGCUGGAAGAGGAGGCUCUUCAGAAAGCUGAAGAAGCCAGUGAACAUUUCAAAGCCAGCAUAGCUGAAGCGGAAGAAAAACGAAAUGAUCUGGAAAAUUUCAAAAGCGAUAUCUUAAUGCACCUGCGGGAACUUGUUUACCAGUGUGACCUUACACUUAAAGCUGCAACAGUUAAUCUGUUUCAGAUGCAGCAUGCCCAAGUUGUGUCUCUUCCAGUGAACUGUCAAUCUCUCUGUGAGAGUGCCAAGCUGUAUGACCCAGGACAGAAGUUCUCAGAGUUUGUGAAGAAUUUGCCAAAAGAUGAUGUUCCCAUUGAAUCGGGUUCCUUUGAAACUCAGAGCUCCCAGGUUGGAGGGGGUUUCAAUAAACAAUCAAACAAUGUCCGUGCAUCGCAAGGAAACUUAUCUCAGUGUUCAGGAGAUUUUCCUACUCAGUCACUAGAGGACCUUGGAAGCCCAACCUGUCCCCGCUCUCAAAAGAUUGGAGAAAAAAGAUCUUCUAGCAGCACAGAUAUCUCUGCUGUGCGAGGGCCACCACCAUUCAGAUCCUGGUCAGUUGGUAACCAAAGUGGAGGAAUGUGCAGUGAUUCUGAAAGUGCAGGAGGAAGCAGUGAGUCACGAUCUGUAGACUCGCCAUCUGCAAGCCCAGGUGACUUUAAAAGACGGCUUCCCCGAACACCAUCUACUGGCACCAUGUCCUCUGCAGAUGAUCUUGAUGAAAGAGAACCACCUUCUCCUUCAGACUGUGGUUUAAAUGAUCUAGCAACCGAAAUUGCCUGCUCACCUGGACCUUUUCGAAACACUCUUCUGUCUAAGGCAGCGCAGACACACAAACUGCGGAAGCUUAGAGCUCCAUCUAAAUGCAGAGAAUGUGAUAGUCUGGUGGUAUUUCAUGGAGCAGAAUGUGAGGAGUGUUCUCUUGCCUGUCAUAAGAAAUGCUUGGAGACUUUAGCUAUUCAGUGCGGGCACAAAAAGCUUCACGGAAGACUUCAUCUCUUUGGAGUAGAAUUUACUCAAGCUGCUAAAAAUACCCCUGAUGGCAUCCCUUUCAUCAUCAAAAAGUGUACCUCUGAAAUAGAAAGCAGAGCUCUGAAUGUGAAGGGUAUCUAUCGUGUGAAUGGAGCCAAAUCAAGAGUUGAAAAACUUUGUCAGGCAUUUGAAAAUGGAAAGGACUUGGUGGAAUUAUCUGAACUCUAUGCACAUGAUAUCAGCAACGUUCUUAAAUUAUAUCUUCGCCAGCUCCCAGAACCUUUGAUAAUGUUUCGGCUUUAUAAUGAAUUCAUUGGACUUGCAAAAGAGAGCCAGAAUAUUAAUGAAGAACUGGACAUGAAACAGAGGAGUCCAAGAUCCAAAAAAAGGCAGUCAGUAUGUAUUGAACUGAACAGGAUCAUUCUUAAAAUCAAAGAUCUACUGAAAUGGUUGCCUGCGCCAAACUAUAACACUCUCCAGUUUCUUAUAGGUCAUUUACUCAGGGUUACAGAACAAUCUGAUGAAAAUAAAAUGUCUGCCAGCAACCUUGGCAUUAUAUUUGGCCCAACUCUGAUCAGACCACGUCAGACAGAUGCUACAGUCUCUUUGUCUUCACUUGUGGACUAUCCAUAUCAAGCCAGGGUGGUGGAACUCCUCAUAACAUACUAUGAAAAGAUCUUUGACAUUUCACUGCAGCCUCUAUCACCUACAUCUCGUUCUGAAGAAAAUGCUUGUAGUACUAAAAUGUUUGUAUCGGUGGAAGAAAAAGAAUCAAAUCAGCAAAGGAAACAGUUCACCUGUAAUGCUGUGAAGGAAAGCAUCCAGUUAUCUCAGAAUGACGACAAAGAUUCAGAAACUGUUGUAUCACUUGAAGAACCAGAUGCUGGCAAAGAGAGGCACAGAAAUUCUGAUGGGUCAGUGACAGAAUGGAACCAUCAUCUUGGAACUAAAAGUCUUGGAAGGAAAAAUUCCCCUUCAGAUCAACCUUCUCCCUCAGUUUUGGAAAACCAUAUUCCAGCUACAAAAGAACCAGGCAACACUGUGGCUCCAUUUUCAGAUCAAGACAAUGAACAAUCUCUCCCUCAAAUUGAGGAUGGUGUUAAAGUCAGUCACUUGUUAAGACCUAAUCGUCAAAUUGCCAAAGUUCAACUACGCACUCAAAGAACAAAGCCAGUUGUUCGUCCUGUGAGUUUACCUCUAGGUCAAAUGCUUCCUCCAUGUGUUUUGAAUGAGAGAAACUCCCGAAACCCAGGGCUGAGCCCAGAAAAGUUUGGCAAAAGUCCUGUUAUUGAAGAGGUUUCUGACACACAGUCCCUUCCAGCUGUUAAUGCUGGCUGUAGGCUUUCUUGUUAUGACACACAGACUCUGAAAAAAACUUGGGACAAGCAAUAUAAACAGUACGACAUGACUGCAAGGACAGCAAUGAUUAUGACCAAUAUACCCCAGGAACACCGAACACAAGAGUCUGUAAAUACGUGUGCCUUACCGAUGCCUGGCAACCUCAUUAACAAUUCAGUCAACACUGUACUUCCCAGUAAGCCAUAUACAGUACCUGUCAGGACUGCACGGAUAACUACAGAAGUGCAAGCCCCAGACUUUAAUCCUCUUGCUGCUUUCAGAACGCAGAGAACUUUGCAACCACCACCAGGAACAUUCUAUAAACCACCGCUCAAUAAUAAGGCCAAACAAAACGACGACAGCUCCGCCAUUAAACCCGCUGCAGUAGUUGUCAAAGAUGAGACUCCAAACCCAGUGGCAAAUCCUGUGCUUGCCCAGGGCUCCUUGAGCUCAUCUAGCGCACAUUCAAAACAACAAAAAGCCAAUUCCGAAGCCCUUUCCUCUACAGACUUGAAGCCCACUUAUCAAAGAUUAAGGCCAAAGCGGAUGCAAGAACUGGAACACAGAGAAGCUCAUUUUGUAUAGGAUAACAAAACCUUUCUGGAACUAUUACUAUACAUCUUUUGAAGGGGGACUUUUUCCUAGAAGAUUUCACCUUUGUGCCAUAUAUUAGAAUUAUUUUUUAUACAUACAUGUACAGAAUUUUUAAAAUAUCGGAUGUAAAAAAAGCUGUGAAAGAAUAAUGAAGUUGAGUUUUUAAUUGAUUACAUUUUUGUUAAAGAGUAUUUAAAUGCAUUCCAAAUAUAAAAACAACUAACAGGUGCACUUGGAAAGCCCUAUAACCGAAUUCGAAGUGUGGAACUGUGCCCUUGCUUCUGGAAGACAACUUGGUAUGCUUGGGUGCAGCAAUGGCAGGAGCCAUUUCUCAGAAUAAAUGAUUUACUAAAGACUGCAGGGUAUAAAAUACAGCUACUUAAAUUAAGAAUAAACCAAAGCUUGAAGCAUUGCUCUAAUUGUCUGUACCCACCCCCACCCCCGCCCUAGUUUGUGCAAUGAAAUACUUUGCUCCUGAAUAGAGUGCUUACUGGAAAACAUGGCCUUUGUAUUGCAUGUAUGUGUAUUAUAUGACAGUGUGUUCAUCUGUUGACACUUGGUUGUCACCAGAAUGUUUAUUUGUACAGAAAAGAUGCAUUACUGAGCUUUACUAUAAAAAUAUUUAAAAGACUUUUGCAUCCUAUUAUCAAGUGGCUUAAAUGCAGAAAAACUAGCUGGUUCAGUUGCCCUUCUGUUAAAUAAAAAAAGUGUGAAAAUGGUGCUGCCAUUCCUAGUUACUAAUAAGCUAGCAUUUCACCCCGUCCCCUUGUAAUUAGCUUAUUUUAUUGCUUGAUGUAGAUUAAAUGAAGAAUGUAGGUCUAAGGUAUGGUGAAAUAAGCAAAAAUAACCAAAAGCCAGCAUUUACUAAGUGCAUCAAAUGGUUUUUCACUUUUUUGUAUGUAUUUUUAUAUGUACACUCUUUGCUUAAAAUAUACAUUAAUAUGUUAACAUUUCACUGACUCCAUGUAUUGGAUAAAGCCCAUCGUAUUGAAUAUAGAACCUCUUGAUAUGUUAAUGUAAUAUCUAUGUAUUAAUUACACUUGUGUUUCUUGACACUUUGUCUGAACAGAAGGUUGUUCCCCCACCCACCCACAUUAAAAAUAUGAAGAUAUUAA